CAUGUGGAGCGUAGGAUUCUGCGGAGGUCAAGGUUUGGCUGCCGGAAUUGCAAGCUUCGAAAACUCAAGUGCGACGAGGGCAAACCACAGUGCAAGAGAUGUAGUUCAUUCGGGGUGUUAUGCAAUUUCAUGUCCAACAUCCCCGACCUUGAGCCUGCCACUGCUGAGACGGGGCGGCCAUUGAUGGUUCGAGAAAAGACAGAGAUUCAACCCCAUCUAACACAUGCUGUCUGGACAUCUGAUGCAUUAACAUCCUAUCACUUGAACGCAAAGUGUCAAGAUUUAAUAACCCGGUACCUUGAACGAAGUCUUAUCACCCCAGAGGACUCUAAUCUGAGACAAGUCAAUCGCAAGCUCCUGAAACUAGCCUUUGCCUAUCCUUUCUUAAUGCACGCCUCCCUCGCUGUGGCGCUUACAUAUGACCGCCAUCUGAAGGACCCCUUGAACUCGCCUCGCACUGUAGAAGAGUGUUAUCACUGGUCUCAAAGUACAGUUCUCUUGAACAAGCGGCUAAGGGAACCGAUUGAAACGAAAGACAAAGAUCCAAUCUGGGGUACUGCAGCUGCUCUAGUGAUCUCAUCCUUCUCAUCACCCGAUGCGUGCACGCCGGAUCAAGCGUGGCCUUUGAAGUCCUCCGGCUCUUCCGACCUGGACUGGGUGCGUAUGAGCAAAGGUAAAAUGUCAUUGUGGCACAUGGUUAACCCCUUGCGACCGGACAGCCUUUUCUGCGUUAUGGCGGCGACAUUUGCUCAAAUGGAUUCCCCGUUGCCAGAGGAAGGCAUUGAAGGUAUACCAGGGGCUGUGGCUGCCGUGUGUAAUCUCGAAGGCUCCUCUAUGGCGGACACUAAUCCGUAUUUCCAUGCCGCCCAUGCCGUAUCCCAAAUUCUGGAUGUCCCAGAUAGCGAGGUUACAAUAGGUCAGACCGAAUCCUUCACGCGGAGUAUUCAUGGCCCGUUCAAAGACUUGCUCCAAAAAAGGGACCCGGUAGCGCUAUUGCUGAUCUAUUUAUGGUACCGCAAAGCAAGUCGCAGUAUAUGGUGGAUUGAACCUAGGGCUAGGGUGGAAUGUCCUUCUAUUUGCUUGUACCUGCGACUAUAUCAUAAGGAUAAUCGUGCUGUACAGUCAUUCCUUCCGGGAGGAGCUCUUGCCGAUACAUUUGGUUAG